UCAUAUAUCGCCAUCUACGUCGACUUAUAGGAACUGAAGGGGAAAAUUUGACUGCUGAAAUGAAAAGCCAAACAAAAACAGUUUAAUCUGAGAUUCAAGCUGCUUCUACUCUUGCAAGGUCAAAGGUCGCUGGAUCCCAUUGCCCUUCUACCCUUUGACCCGACCCCAACCGUCCUGUGUAGGACAAGACCAAACACUUGCAGGAACGCACUCCAUCACCAGCCAUCAUGUCUGGUCGAGGGAUCAAAGGAGCGGAGCGUGUUCCUAUACAGAGCACGGCUGGUGCCAUACCUGUCAAAAAUGACAAAGGUGAAAUUAGUAUGCAGAAGGUGAAAGUCAAGAGAUAUGUGCCUGGUAAAAGACCCGACUUUGCACCCCAGUUCAGCAGUGAUGAGGAUGAGGAGGCUGAAGGGCCGUUUGUCGGCCGACGCAAGCAGCACUACCCAACAUCCAGGCUGGACGCAGAAGACGCCAGGAUCAGGAGGCUUCGCGUCAGGCAUGAGGAUGAUAGUGAUGAUGACGAAGCAGAGAGGAUCGCACGUCACAGGCACAUCCAUGGUCCCGAGAUCCUGGACGAAGGCGACGAUGAUGAGGAAGACCAUGAGGAGGAGGACUACCUCACCCAUCGCAGCCGAGACUUCGGGAGCAGGGUACGCGAUCGACAUCGGGAGGAGAGCUCCGAAGAAGAAGAAGCCGCUGAGGAAAAGGAGGAUGAGGGGUAUUCAAGGAGUUUCCGCGAGGUCGACCGUCGAGAUCAGGCACCGAGCAAGACCUAUCGGAUGGAGGUUGAGGAGAGCUCGUCUGACGAGGAGGAACUCGAUGAGGAGGAGAUAGAGCGUAGGAGAGCUGCGAUGCGGGCUAGAGCUAGGCAGAGAGUGCAAGAGGAUAUAGAGGUCAUGGGAAUCGAGGACGACAACAAGAAGGAAAAGGUUGAUUCGGAUGAAGAGGAAUCGUCCGAAUACGAGGAGUAUACCGACUCGGAAGAAGAAGAUGGGCCAAGAUUAAAACCAGUCUUUGUCGCCAAGAAAGAUCGCGUCACCAUUCAAGAAAAGGAGAUAGCUGCCAUGAAAGAACAGGAACUAGAAGAAGAAGCAAAGCUCAAGGCAGAGGCCAGGAAAAGAGAAACAAUAAGAAUGGUAGAGAAUGAUGCGAACAAGGUCCAGGAACCGGAAGAAGAUGUCGGAACAAAUGAGCCUAACCUCCUGACCGUGAACACAGAUGAUGAGAACGAUGAAGUAGAGUAUGAGGCGUGGAAAGUUCGGGAACUGCGCAGGAUCAAGCGCGACAGGGACGAACGUGAACAGAUCGAGAAGGAGAGGCAGGAAACGGAGAGGCUGAGGAACAUGACGGAGGAGGAGAGAAGAGAAGAACUGAGACAGAACCCAAAACAGAUAACCAACAAACAGAACAAGGGACGAUACAAGUUCUUGCAGAAGUACUAUCAUCGCGGUGCUUUCUAUUUGGAUGAUGAGAAGGAGGUACUGAAGAGGGACGUUUCUGGAGCCACGCUUGAAGAUCACUUUGAUAAGACAGUCUUGCCAAAAGUCAUGCAGGUCAAGAACUUUGGACGUUCCGGUCGUACCAAGUAUACCCAUCUUGUUGACCAGGACACCACAACCAUGGAAUCACCUUGGGCCAACGAGACGGCCCUCUCCAGGAAGUUCCAGUCCUCCGGCGCUGGGGGCUUGAAGCAGAGCUUUGAGAAGCCCUCAGGAAGAAAGUCACGGAAGGGCGACGCCCAAUGAGACGAUCAUAGCUAGUUGAGAGACGAAGUUGUAACAGACAAUGCUUACAUAGGACAAUUUAUGUCAGAAGCUUUUCAAGAAAGUUUCAGGUAUCCAUUGCUGGCGCCAGGAAACAGACUUUGAGAAACCCAGAGCAAGAACGUCAUGGAAGGGCGCAACGUAAUGAGAUGGUGCAUUGCUGGUUGAGAGAUGAAGUUGUGACAGACAAUACUUGCAAAUGUCAUUUCAGAAAAAAAAUCAUAGAGCUUUUCAAGGAAGCUUCAGGUAUCCAUCAAUAGAGGCAGGAAACCUAGAGCAAGGAAGUCUUGAAGGAUACAACGCAAUGAGACGAUGCGUAGCUAGUUGAGAGUGAUAGUUGUGACAAGCAACCGCAUGAAUUCAUAAGCCGUUCAUGGGGUUCCUGUCCUGCAAAAAUAAAGAAAAAUGUGGGAUAGCUUCAGAAUGAAGUUCUUGGCAUCCAUUAUAGGCAUCAUGGCACAGAGCUUUGAGGAACCUAUAGUGAGAAAUUCAAGAAAGGUGCAGUGACUUGAAAUGGUGCAUCGUAUGUACUGUGUAAGUGACUCAAAGGAUGCUCAAAGGACACGCUGGGUUUUGACUUAUUCGCCCCUGGAACUCUCAAAAUGGUCUCUGCAGACUUUUUUGUUUGUUGGUCCUGUAGGAAUGGACUCCACAAUGUGAUCACACCCAAGGCAUAUCAGAGCCCUGUUUCAUAAAAACAUGUUAUCAAUAACAAGUGCUAAAUGGCAAAUCUACUAUCAGCCGAUCCAAUGCCACGAUUUCAAUAGCUUACAACAGUUAUUGUAACUUUUAAUUGAUAAGGAGUUUUAUGAGACAGGGCCCAGAUGGGCUUCUGUCAUUAAAACACACGUUUUCCAUUCACAUGCAUAACCUUAGUCUGCAUACUCAAACCCUUUUCUUUUUUUGACACUUACUAUAAUUUACAACACUUUCAAUAACUGUUAAUUUUUUGGGGAGAAGCUCUUAAUUUAUACAAACUGCAAAUGUUCAUCAUUGUGAUUUUGUACCAUGUUAUAAUUUAAGUUUUGUGAAUUUAGACGAUUCAUGAACAAAAAUUGAAAAUAAUGUGUCGUUAAAUACUAUUAACAAAACCCAUCCUGGUUUCCGCCUAUCCUAGCUUACACAGCAGGACAUGGGCUAUAUGAGGCACUUUUAUUUGUUUGCUAGAAGUUUGUCAAGAAGCGUAGGGCCUACGUAGGUAUUAGUCUACAUCCAACAUAUUUCAGACUCUGUUUUGUUGGUGUAAAGUUCAGGGUCUCAUAACACAAAACUUGGCAGUUGAUCGUACAAUCACAUAGCCGCCAACCAUUCAUAAUAUGGAGGAACGGUUCACAAUUUUUCAGCCUUAAAGUUUUUUUAUCCUUUGGUUCCUCUACUUUUCUAUAUAAAAACAAACAUCUGUGUGACAUGCAUACAAAGUACAUUAUUUUCCUAAUGAUGCCUUUAGAAAUUCCUAAUGUAAGCUUUGAAAGAUUGCCCUGUAUGCAAUGACGCAAUCAUUUGAUCACUAUAAUGAUGAACUUAUUUGCAAAAUAAAAAUCAAUAUAUUAUUUUUGUAAUGUAAUCACUUGUAAUGCACAAAUC